GUGCUCCGACCUCCAACUCCAAGACGGCACUCCUCCCCUCAGGGCUCAGACCACUCGCUCGCUACAAUGAGAGAGAGACAGCCAAAACCAACCGCCUCUCUCUCGUUAACUUCUUCAACCCUCCCUCCCUGUCCAAUUCCUACCUGUUUUCCCUCCAAAACCCUAAAUAGUUAACUGGACUGACAAUUCUAGAAAUGCCGCUAUCGCUGUCUUCCGUCGAGCUUCCUCCCUCUCGCACGGUGGAUCGGCGGAUCUGGCAAGCCUGUGCUGGUUCCUCUGUUCAAUUCCCCUCUCUCAAUUCCAGGGUCUACUAUUUCCCCCAGGGCCACCUCGAGCAGUCUUCUUCUUCUUCUUCUUCUUCUUCGCCUUCGCCUUCGCCUUCUUUCCUCUCCUCUUUAGUCCUCUCCCGUCCUAUGAUCCUUUGCCGCCUUUCCUCUGUUCAAUUCCUCGCCGAUCCUGUCACCGACGAGGUUUACGCCAAGCUCCACCUCCUCCCUCUCGACCCGUCUUCUUAUCCCCUCAAUGCGCCUUUGCCUCUCUUUCAACCUUCCCAGGAAGAUAGGAUUAUGGCCUACGCCAAGGUUCUAACCGCUUCCGAUGCUAAUAACGGCGGAGGAUUCUCUGUCCCGAGGUUCUGUGCUGACUCCAUAUUCCCACCCUUGAACUACGAAGCCGACCCUCCCGUCCAAACCCUAACCGUCACUGACGUCCACGGGACACGCUGGGACUUCCGCCACAUCUACCGUGGGACUCCCCGUCGCCACUUGCUCACCACUGGAUGGAGCAAGUUUGUCAACAACAAGAAGUUGAUCGCUGGCGACUCUGUUAUAUUCAUGAGGACCUCCCAAGGGGCGAUGUACAUCGGAGUGCGCAGGUCGGCGAGGUUUAGCAAUGCUGCCAAUUUCGCCAGGUGGCGGGAGCAUUUUGGCACCGGAGAGGCAAAAGUCAAGCUUAAGGAGAACGGUUGCUCCAUGACCAGUGCCAGAGGGAUGCUGACUCCUGAAGCCGUUGCCUCUGCAACGGAGAUGGCUGCCCGGGGUUUACCGUUUGAAGUGGUUUAUUACCCCAGAGCAUGGUCGUUUUCCGAUUUCGUGGUCAAUGCUGAUGUCGUCGAGGCUGCACUCAGUAUGUUUUGGUCUGCCGGGGCCAGAGUUAAGAUGGCUGUCGAAUCAGAAGAUCUGUCAAGGACUACAUGGUUUCAAGGCACGGUUGCUUCAGCUGUGGUUCCAGGUUGCGGGCCAUGGCAAGGAUCUCCUUGGCGAAUGCUUCAGAUUAAGUGGGAUGAACCUGAAGUUCUACAGAGUGCCCAGAGAAUCAGCCCUUGGCAAGUCGCAUUUGUUCCAACAAAUUCAUCUUUCCAAGCUGGGAUUCCCACACCAAAGAAAUUUAGAUAUCCAGACAAGUCUGAGUUGUUGAUAGAUGAUGGAGAGAGAGAUCUCCGCUUUCCUAUGUCAGGACUAGCUAAUCCAACUGUUGGUCCACCGUUGUUGAAUUUCAACAAUUUUCCUGCUGGCAUGCAGGGAGCCAGGCAAUAUAAUACUUUUCCCCCCUUUGGUUUAUCCAACUUUGUGAGUGAGAAUAGUGGUCUUCAGAUAUCUGCUGCUGCUACUACUUCUUUCACAAACGUCAUGGUGCCUAAGUUGGGAAGCGUGUCAACUGAGCUGAACAUUGGUAGCUCACAAUCCGAUAACUUAUCACCAGACAGACAGAGUAGCAUGCAGUCUUUUGGCACUGAAAUUGUGGGGAAUCAAGGCUGCACUUCUGCAAAUUGUGGCACUAGUAGCUCGUUUCAGCUAUUUGGUAAAAUCAUCCAUUUCAAUCAUCCAGUUGAAAGAAGUUCUGAUGACGUAAGCUGCACAGAAGAUCAAAAUGCUGAAGACUGCGACAAAGAUAAUGAGAGUGUUAACCAUCUGCUCGACCUAUCUCUGGCUUCUUCUUACACUGAAUUUCUCAACCAGAUAGAUGUCCAGUGCCAAAGAAGUGGAGCUGUUGACCCUUAUGAACGAGUCAUUAUGUGAUUGAUGUCAAGCUGCCUUAUGGUUAUGAGCAGCUGUACAGGUAAGAUCGAUUGGGCGGGCAGGCAGGCAGGGAGUUGACUUCUUCUUGCUGGACUUCCGUGGCAGUAGUAACUGGCGUUCGAACUAGGGACUCCAUGCUUUCCUUUGUUUUUCUGUUUUUCACCCUAAUUGAUCCACUAGUUGUAUGGAAUACGCUUCACAUACAUUGUUUACAACACAAUCGGAUACUGCUGGGUAUGUUGUGUUUGUUUGUUCAGACAGUUGUGUUAUGUUGAUAAGUUAGUUGAUGUGUGUUCUUUGUACAGGGG